GAAAAUAUAAAAGUAAUAAGCCAUAAGAAACUCAACAACCCCAUAACCAAUUCAGGCAAUCCAUCUCUCUUCUCUGAAUUCAAACAAAGCUUCCAUCUCAUUUGGAUCUUGUUCCUGUUCCUGUUCCUGUACCUCCAUCAAUGGCAUCAACCCACUUACAAUCAUAACAUCAUUCUUCUUUUCCCUCCUAGUUUGAUUCCCCCAUUAACACAAAAAACCAUGGAUUCUUCAGCCUAUGCCUCGUUUACGAGAGGAUCAUUCUCAUCAAGCAUUGGAGACUCUUCAGAACUGGAAGCAAAUCUCCCACUCAAAGACAGAUUAAAGGGCUUCAAAUCCUCUAAGUAUGACAUUAAUUCCUAUGUCACCACCAAAUGUCAAACCAUGACCGAGAAGGAAAUCAAGCAUUUAUGUGCUUACCUUAUUGAGCUCAAGAAGGCCUCCGCAGAAGAAAUGCGAAAAAGUGUUUAUGCCAAUUAUGGAGCUUUCAUUCGUACAUCUCGAGAGAUUUCGGAUCUUGAAGGCGAACUUCUUUUACUAAGAAAUCAUUUAUCCACUCAAGCAGCUCUCAUUCAUGGUUUAGCAGAAGGAGCCAGCAUUGAAUCUCUUUCGGGAGAUAUUGAAGAUUCAACUCUAGACCAUUCUUCCAAUGAGACCAAAGAACUCCCCAAUACAGAUGAAUGGUUGGUGGAGUUUUUGGACAACCUUGAAGUUCUCUUGGUUGAGAAACGAAUGGAUGAAGCGCUCGCUGCUUUAGACGAGGGCGAACAGAUCGCGGAAGACUCGAAUCGUCGGAGGGCGUUAAGCGCGCCUGCACUCUCCACAUUACAGGCUGCCAUUCGAAACCAAAGACAAAAACUCGCAUGUCUUCUCGAGCAAACAAUAUCUCAACCUUCCACACGCGGCGUGGAGCUUCGGUCUGCUGCUCAAGCUCUGAAAAAGCUUGGAGACGGAUCCCGUGCACAUAUGUUGCUGCUGAAUUCCCACCAGCAGAAGGUGCAGCGAAGCCUGCAGAGUUUUCGGUCGUCGAGUAACCCAGGAGGUGGGAUAUACACAGCGGCGAUAUCGCAGUUUGUGUUCUCGACGAUUGCUCAAGCAGUGAGUGAUUCAUUGGCUGUGUUCGGGGAAGAACCAGCGUAUGCGUCGGAGUUGGUGACCUGGUCUGUGAGACAAACAAAUGGCUUUGCUGUGUUUUUGAAAAGGUAUGUGAUAGGUUCAUCUGCUGCUGUGGGGAGUUUGAGGAUUGCAGCUGAGUGUGUACAGAUAUGUAUGGGGCAUUGUUCUCUUUUAGAAGCUCGUGGGUUGGCACUUACGCCAGUGUUAUUCAGACAUUUUAGGCCUUUUAUUGAGAAUGCUAUAACAGCUAAUUUAAGGAGAAUCGAACAGAGCAGUGCUGCCUUAGCUGCAGCAGAUGAUUGGUUGCUUGCUUAUUCCCCUGUUGCUUCUCGACUUUUUCCAAGGUCAUCUUCGACUUCUUCGCUUCCUACUAUUGUCUCGCAGCCAAAGCUUUCAAGAAGUGCACAUAGAUUCAACACAAUGGUUCAGGAAUUUGUAGAGGAUAUGGGAUCACUUGAAAGCCUCCAAUUAGAUGCACUCACCUUGGAAGGAGUUCUUCAAGUAUUCAACUCAUACAUCAAUUUACUCAUAACAGCUCUCCCAAGUUCAGUAGAAAACGAGAUGAAUCUGGAAGGAUCAGCGACGAAGAUCGUACGUUUGGCCGAGACCGAAGCGCAACAAAUAGCGCUACUGGCAAAUGCCUCAUUGCUGGCCGAUGAGUUGAUUCCUCGAGCAGCGAUGAAGCUUUUUCCACAGAACAGAACCGAAACGCCAAGAAAAGCGGCGGAGAGGCAGAGCCGACUGCCGGAGCAGAGAGAGUGGAAGAGGAGAUUGCAGCGAUCAGUGGAUCGGCUGAGAGACAGCUUCUGCCGGCAGCAUGCUCUGGAAUUGAUAUUCACUGAAGAAGGCGAUACGCGGCUGAAUGCACAAAUGUACUUGUCCUUGGAUGGGAAUGGAAAUCCGGAAGAGCCGGAGUGGUUUCCAUCACAGAUAUUUCAGGUGCUUUUCGCGAAAUUGACACGGAUUGCAAGUAUGGCAACGGAGAUGUUCGUGGGACGGGAGAGAUUUGCAACUGUUCUUCUGAUGAGACUCACUGAAACAGUGAUAUUGUGGCUUUCUGAAGAUCAAGCCUUCUGGGAAGAGAUUGAAGAAGGACCUCGCCCUUUGGGCCCCUUCGGCCUUCAGCAAUUCUACUUAGAUAUGGAGUUCGUGAUACUUUUCUCAUCACAAGGCCGAUAUCUAUCUCGGAAUUUGCAUCAAGUCAUCAAGAACAUCAUAGCAAGAGCCAUCGACUCCUUGGCUUCUACGGGUACAGAUCCUUACAGUGCUUUGCCGGAGGACGAUUGGUUCGCUGAAGUAGCUCAAAUUGCGAUAAAAAUGCUGACCGGAAAAGCCAACUUCAGUAAUGUGGAUCGGGAAGCCACCAGCCCCACGGCUUCGGUUUCUGCAAAAUCCAUAUCUUCUGUUCAUUCUCAUGGAAGUAACUAGCUAGGAGCAAGGGUUUCUACUUCAUUAUUGUUUUAGUUCGUGCUAACCCUUUUUAUUAUAUUCACAUAUUAUCAAGUUUUGUUUACUAUAAUAUACACAGAAAAAGAUGGAUAUUAUUGAAGAGGAUUGUCAUGUGGAUGGAAUAUACACGUAAGUUGGUAUUUAGGUCCAUGUUUACCUAUCUAUAAUGAAAAUUGGUACAAUCAAAUUAGAC